AUGGGUUCAGGAAAUCUGGUGAUGAAGAAGGUGGUGAAGCCCAGCUCUUUUGAUCUCGACAUACAGCUCGACAAGAGUUGGACGGAGGACGUUACUUGCCCGAUCUGUCUCGAUUUCCCUCACAACGCGGUCUUGCUGAGGUGCACAUCUUAUGAGAAGGGUUGCCGGCCGUUCGUAUGCGACACCGACAAGUCCCGUUCGAACUGCCUCGAGCGGUUUAAGAGUGCCCAUGGGCAGCCGGUGAACGUGAAGGUCUCGGCCGUUAACAUCGCCCCCCGUGACAGCAUCCAUUUCAUCUCUUCAAACACAAACAACCACCCGGCUUGCCCGUUGUGUAGAGGCGAUGUCAUCGGGUGGGCUGUCAUCGGCGAGGCGCGACAGCACCUCAACCAGAAGAAAAGAUGCUGCGAAGAGAGCUGCUGUUCAUACAUUGGCAACUUCCACGAGCUUCAGAAGCACACCCAGCAGAAGCACCCGAACUCGCGCCCUUCGGAGAUCGACCCCGCUCGCCGAGUUGACUGGGAGAAUUUCCAGCAGUCGUCUGAUAUCAUCGACGUCUUGAGCACGAUACACGCGCAGGUGCCUAACAGCAUAGUUCUGGGAGACUAUGUCAUCGAGUAUGGGGACGAUGAUGCUGGAGACGACUAUGAAGUUCUCCACAGGGUCAGGGGAAACUGGUGGACGUCCUGUAUUUUCUGCAAGUCGUUCGGGUCUUCGAGAGGCCGGAGAAGAGCAAGGACAAGGGAAAGGAGAAGUGGUGGAAGGAGGGCCGGCAACAGGUCUGGUCAGGAAAGCUUCACCAUCGACGUUCCAGCCCGAGCAGUUGACAUAAGGGAAAUCAGAUUUGAUGGAAUAGAUGAUGAAUAUCUUGUUACAGGGGCAAUGCCUAGUGCAGCAUCCAGGAGAAUGGCCAGUCAUUACAGGUGUGUGCAUAUACUUUGCUUCCCCUGUUUACUGUCAUUUUUUUUAAAAGGGCCGCUUUCUGUCAUUGGCCUGUGGCUAAGAGAAUUACCUCUCUCUGGCCAUCGAAGAGUAGUAACAUUUUUAUGCUUUCAAGGAUCAAUAAGGUGCCACUUUAACCACUACUAG